UCUUCAAUUAAAUUGGGCUGUCAACUUUGGACCGACGUAGUCGGAUUCCACUUUCCAUACCUUUAAUAAGUACACAUGUAAAACCUACAGCUGAAAUGGCUUCUCGGGGAUCACAGGAAACUUCCAAACUGAGACACAACCUGGAGGAACAGUUAGAGAGACUAGUGCAGCAGUUAUCUGACCUAGAGGAAUGCAAAGAUGACUUUGACGAGGAUGAGUAUGAGGAGACUAAAAAUGAGACAAUUGAACAGUUAAAGGAGUUUAAAGAAUCCUUAGAUAAGAUGGUCGAAGGCAAUGUUAGUCUGGUGGAUGAACUCAAUAGUAUGCAGCUGGCGAUACAAGCAGCUAUCAGUGAAGCCUUCAAAACACCAGAAGUAAUUAGGUUGUUUGCCAAAAAACAACCAGGACAAUUACGUCAGCGUCUGUCAGAGAUCAGUCGUGAUGCUAAGAUUGGUAAAAUCCCUGCUGAUGUAGCUACUGCCCAGUCUGUAGAGAUUUUGACUGCAUUGAAAAAGCUUGGGGAGGAUUUGACUGCUUCAGAACAAGCUUACCUACAAUCCAAUUCUAGUGCCAGCCUAAAGGAAUUUGAACAAGUCUCAAGCAACCUAGCUUCUGGUGACAAGGUACUUGCAGUAGCUGGAUCCCAGGUUCAGAAGGCUAACCAAUAAGACUGAUGUUGUGAAGUGACUUUAUCAUUCAGUCCUGAAGUUAACAGCAAAUGGAACUCCAUGGUGCUAUACAUUGCUGUAAAUAUAUUUUGUGCAUACUGUAGCAAUACAGCUUGAUACUGCAGAUUUAUACACAUUGUGACAUGAGAAUGAAGUACAUCGUUUUAUAUUCAGUAGGAAGGAUGCAGUAUGAUUGUAAUCAGAAUGGAAUGUUGUGUGAUGAAAAAUGUAUACAACUUAGCACAAACAUCAUCCCAAGAUGACACAGAAUUUCUUAUAACUCAAAUGAAUUUGAGGAAAAACAAGAUACUCUAUUGAGAGAAGGGGACUGACUUGUUACCAAAGAGAGAAUGAUAAGUUCUUUGUAAUAAUAAUAGUGAAGGAUUGAGAUAGUUUUUUAUCAGUGAGAUAACUGUUAAAUUGAACAGAGAUAGAGAAGACUGACUUAUUACUUUUUAUCAGUAUGAUAAGAAAUCUUAUUUCUGUUAAAUUUAGCAGAGAGAGAAUGAUAAGGUCUUAUACAUUUUGAUAUAUGUUGUACGAAAAAUUGACAGUCCCAUAAUUAUUGGAUUGAAGUAUGAGAGUCUUCUAAUCAUGACUGAAUAAGGAAAGAAUGAGACUUGCUACUGGCCACUAAGAUAUACCUCACUGCAUUUGUCUGCCUGCUUAUCUCCCCUUCCUGUGAAACCUAGGAUCAGAGCUAUCCAACAGAGCAGAAUGAUCAGAAUGAUUUUUAUAAUGCAUCAACUAGAUAUUCUAGAGACAGGGGUCACUCUGCAGGCUUCUAUAUAUAUUUAAAAGUGAGAAAAUGAGAAAUUCUGAUAAAAAGUCUAGAUAAUCAAAGUUCUAUAACUGUAGAUUGAGAGAUAAGAGGGUAUGGCCAUAAAUAACUGCCAAUAUGUAGAUGUUUGAAAAAAUCUUUUAUUGUAUGAUAAAUCUGAUGUAUUGAUGAUCAUUGAUGAAUGAAAAUGUAGCGAUUAAAUGUGCACUAUAUAUACAUACAUACUUACAUAUAAAAUGUAUGUGACAGUCAUAAUUAUGCCAUUAUUUUGUUUAAUUGUUUUCAUUAGGUUAGGCAUUUUGCUGUUUGACAGAAAUUUUUUUAUUUCAAAACCAUUGUUUUCUGCAUCGAUGGUAUUUUAUCUAAAAUGCAAUGUAUGUAUAUGUAACUGUGUGCAUGAACGAUGGUUGUGUAUCAUAAAUAGAAGUUUAUGUACUUAUAUAUUUGUUAUUAAAAUAGUCAAUGAUAAUUUUAUCACAUGUUGUAUAUGUCAUAAUUCAUAUGUAACAUUAAAGUACAUGUAUAUGCUGCAAAUUGAUGAUCUUAAUUGAAUUUUUGAAAGAGACAAUAAAAAUGAAAUAUUUGAA